AUGCCUCCGAAAUCGGCAAGCAAGAAAGAACGACCGCUGUGGUGGAGUUGUGAAAAGUGCCAAACAUUCCUUCCGACUGGCGAACUGGCAAAACAUCAAGCGGAAAACUGUGCCCAGGUGGAUAGGUUGAGCGGGUCGGUUGAUGCAAGCGGAACGUACCGGUGUCGUAGGAUUGAGGUGGGCGGAUUGACCACAUUGGAAGAAGUCAAGUUGUGUACCGAUAGCCAAAGGUAUGGGCUCGCGCUUUUACCCAUUAGUGUGGUAAGAAGGCUUGGCCUAAUGCUGGGAGACUAUGUGACAAUCAAGCUGAUUAAGAGUGCAGACAGAAGCGAGCUGGGAACGGUCGUUCGAAUGCUGUGGCCUGUUGAUGAUCGAAAUGGAGCAAAGGUGUGGUUUGAAGCAUUAGAUGAAUUUGAAAGUUUCCUUCCAAGCGAACUAAUCGCUAGUGUAACCGCUACUAACACACGGCUUGAGGAUGCGGAAGAAAUAUUCCUCCGCCUGGAUGAUGCCUCCCAGGCAAAACUCUUCGAAAAGAAUGGAAAGUUUCUGCUUACCAACCUUAAAUACCAACUUGUAGGAUGUGCCAUUCUGAGCAAUAAUCCACUGUGUUUAACGGUUUGCAACAAACGAUUCCGUUUCCGGAUUGAUCAUGCCAUUACGACUGGGAACGAUCUAGUUGAUCAGCUAAACAAGCUGAGCUUGCGCGAUCGGACGUUUGUCAUUCUAAACACCACCAAACUAACGCUACUGGAUGACACAACAACUGCUCAACAAAACCAUCACCAACGGAUGUACAAUUUAGCAAAUAUCGGUGGCCUGGACGCAACGAUAACCGAAUUAAAAGAGCUUCUGGAUAUGGCUUUCGGAAUCGAAGAGAAGCAAUCCACCAGCAGCAAAAGCGGUCCCAUUAGCCGUGGCAUACUACUUUCCGGUGUAUCGGGUGUAGGAAAAACGAUGCUCGUUAAUGCACUGGCAACACACUACCAGUGUCACGUGGUACGGCUUAACUGUUCGGAAGUGUUUAGCAAAUUCUAUGGCGAAUCGGAAGCGAAUGUUACGCGCCAUUUUGGAGAAGUUUUCGAUGUUCAUCCGGCUCGUGCAAUGGUAAUCGUAGAGGAACUGCACAAUCUAUGCCCAAAUAGUACGGGGACGGAUAUUGUGAGGCGCAUUUCACAGCAUUUUCUCAAUCUGCUCGACAGCUUGCAUGAUAACGUGCGAGGCAAUCGGACGGUCGUACUUGGCACAACGGAUAAUGUGGAAAAUGUGAAUCCGUUGCUGCGUCGGGGUGGUCGGAUGGAUUACGAGUUCGAACUACCGGUUCCAGAUGCGAUCGCACGUGAUGCUAUUCUACAGCGGAUCCUUUCCCGGUACGAUCAGAUACUCCCGGCCGCGGAUGUAACAGCAGUGGCACGCAUUACCCACGGUUACGUUGGUGCGGAUUUGGAGAACUUAGUUUCCAAAGCAGCAUCCUCGUCGAAAACGAUCGAUGGAAAAUCGCUAAUGGCUGCCCUGCAGCACGUAAAGGCAAGCGCAAUGCGUGAAAUUAUGAUCGAGUGCCCUAAUGUGCGCUGGAGCGAUAUUGGAGGGCAGGACGACUUGAAGCUAAAGCUGCGCCAAAUCAUCGACUGGCCCAUCCACCAUCCGGAAAUAUUUGAGCGGCUCGGUAUAAAGCCACCGCGCGGUUUGCUCAUGUUCGGACCGCCCGGAUGCUCCAAAACGAUGAUCGCUAAAGCGAUCGCUACCGAAAGUCGGCUCAACUUCCUGUCGAUCAAAGGUUCGGAACUGUUUUCGAUGUGGGUCGGCGAAUCGGAACGGGCCGUGCGUGAUCUGUUCCGCCGGGCACGCCAAGUAGCACCGUCGGUCAUAUUUUUUGACGAAAUCGAUGCAAUCGGUGGUGAACGGUCGGCCGAGUCGGGAAGUUCGGUGAAGGAGCGUGUGCUGGCACAGCUGCUGACGGAAAUGGAUGGUGUGAGUGUGCUGAAGGAUGUACGGAUUGUGGCCGCUACCAAUCGGCCAGAUCUAAUCGAUCGUGCCCUAAUGCGACCGGGACGGUUGGAUCGGAUCGUGUACGUACGAUUGCCGGAUGCGGCGGCUAGGGAGGAAAUAUUUCGUAUAAAGUUGAAAAGUAUUCCUACCUCAGCGUCGGUAGACAUUUUGGAGCUGGUGCGCCGGACGGACGGAUGUUCCGGGUCGGAAAUUGAAGCAAUCUGUCAGGAGGCUGCACUGAAGGGGUUGGAAAGUUCGUUCGAUAUACGUGAAAUUGAAUGGACACACUUCGAGCACGCGCUGGAAGUUGUACGACCUCGUACCAGCCCGGACCUGUUGCGCUUGUACGACGAAUAUUUAAAGCAACAUCAGUAAUAA